AUGAAAGUUUUGAUUUCAAUAUUGAUUUCAAUAUGCGGUAUAAUUAUUUACGGAAACUGCUUGCCAUACCUUGAUAUACGGUCCAAACAUCAGUCACGUGACGAUUAUUACGAAGAUUAUUAUUUGAGAAAAGUACCGAAAUUGAGGACGAGUCCGAAAAAAAUAAAACAAUUUUUAAUAAAUCACUUGAGCUGGUUUCCAAUAGAAGAUUUGCAAAAUGAAAAAUCACACGGUAAUUAUAAGAAAAGGCAAAUUUGGGAAUUGGAACAGCAGGAACCGACAACGACGGAUAACGCAAUCAAGGAUAUAAUUAAGGAAAAAUUUCAAAAUUUUACAAAAGAUCAUCAUUUGAACACGAAUUGGACAUCUAUAAGGAAUAAAUCAUCUGAUUCCGUACACAAAGUUGAAACGUUUGUAAAACACACAAAAUUAAAAGAAAUAAUAAAAAAUGCGACGCAUCCCCUCCGGUACAAAGGAUCCAAGUGCGGUAAUAAAUCGAGCAUGUAUAAUUUGGAUGAGAAUCCCGAACAUCAAGGUUCGGGGAUUCGAGUGCAUCCGAAAAGUUCACACAUAGAAAAAAUUAAGUGUAAUCCCAGUACCGUUUCUUCGGUUCCCGAAUCCCCUUGCUUUCCUACUUUGCAUCAUUUUCCAGAUCCGCUACAGCCGAUGAUGCCGUGUCCUUGUUCUAAUUCUGUAUUAUUACCGUCCUUCCCUGUUUCAAAAUCAGUUUUAACAUUUUCCGAUAUAUUGGGCGUACCGCCUAAGAAUUUAAAAAAUUGCGAACCAAGCAUUAAACCGAUUACGAAUUUACAAAAAAAUCCAUGCGAAUCUCAGACGGAAAAAAAAAUGCACGUUAAACCUCAUAAAAAACCUGUGACUUCCACGCCUAGUAAAAUAAAUAAAAAUAAUAUUCCCGAUGCAUCAUUACCUGAACAAAUCACUCAACAAAUCACUCUUAAAGGACUCCCCGAACAAAGUAUUCCGACAGUAUUGCCCGAAAAAAAUGAUCCCCUUUUAUUAUCAAACAAAUUCGCCAUGAGAACAUUUCCAAGAAUCCCUUCUGAAAUCCUUCCCGAAAUGCCUUACCGAUCAAUUUCCAAUAUUCCUAGGAAGACUUUUCCUGAAGAUAUUCACAGGGCUCUUCCCGAAAUUUCUCUCGACACUUUUUCUAACAACCCUUGCCAAUCCAUUCCUUGCGAUAAUCCUUGUAAGACUCUUCCCGAAUGUAAGCCUCUUCCCGAAUGUUCAUGUAAGCCUCUUCCCGAAUGUAAGCCUCUUCCCGAAUGUUCAUGUAAGCCUCUUCCCGAAGUUCCUCAUAUGCCUCUUCCCGAAGUUCCUCAUAUGCCUCUUCCCGAAGUUCCCCAUAUGCCUCUUCCCGAAAGUAAACCUACGUCUUUUCCUUUCGAAAUUCCUCACAAGCCUCUUCCCGAAGGUAAACCUACGUCUCUUCCUUUCGAAAUUCCUCACAAGCCUCUUCCCGAAGGUAAACCUACGUUUCUUCCUUUCGAAAUUCCUCACAAGCCUCUUCCCGAAGAUAAACCUACGUCUCUUCCUUUCGAAAUUCCUCACAAGCCUCUUCCCGAAGAUAAACCUACACCUUAUCCUUCCGAAAUUUCUCAUAAGCCUCUUCCCGAAGAUAAACCUACACCUUAUCCUUCCGAAAUUUUUCAUAAGCCUCUUCCCGAAGAUAAACCUACACCUUAUCCUUCCGAAAUUUCUCAUAAGUCUCUUCCCGAAGAUAAACCUACACCUCAUCUUUCCGAAAUUUCUCAUAAGUCUCUUCCGGAAGGUAAACUUACGCCUCUUCCUCCCGAAGUUCCUCCUCAUAACCCUGAUCCCGAAAGUAAAUCUAUGCCUCUUCCUCCCGAAGUUCCUCCUCAUAACCCUGAUCCCGAAAGUAAAUCUAUGCCUCUUCCUCCCGAAGUUCCUCCUCAUAACCCUGAUUCCGAAAGUAAAUCUAUGCCUCUUCCUCCCGAAGUUCCUCCUCAUAACCCUGAUCCCGAAAGUAAAUCUAUGCCUUUUCCUUCCGAAACUCCUGAUGAGCCUCUUCCCGAAGGUAAAUCUACGCCUCUUCCCGAAGGUAAACAUACGUCUUUUCCCGAAGAUAAACAUACGCCUCUUAUCGAAGGCAAACAUACACCUCCUCCCGAAGGCAAAUAUACGCCUCUUCCCAAAAUUCCUCAUAAGCCUCUUCUCGGAAGUAAACAUACCCCUCUUCCCGAAAUUUCUAAUAUGCCUCUUCCCGGAAUUCCUCAAAUGGCUCUUCCCGAAUUUCCUAAUAUGCCACUUCCCGGAGGUAAACAUACGUCUUUUCCCGAAGUUCCUCAAAUGGGUCUUCCCGAAAUUUCCCAUAAGGCUUUCCCUGAAAUCACUUGUCCAUGCAUUUGUAAUAAUCCUUGUAAGACUUCUUCUGAAAUUCCUCCCAAGGCUCUAUCCAAAAUUUCUUAUAAGACUUUUCCUGAAAUCCCUUCCCAAUCCCUUUCUGACAUUUUUUCAAAAUCUCCUUCAGAAAUUUUUCACAAGCCUUUUCCGCAAGUCUCUUCCCGUAAGGCUUUUCCCGAAAUUUAUUAUAAAGUUUCUCCCGAAAUGAUAACAAAACAAUUCGAAUUAGACAUUGCGAAGCAACAUACUCCCGCAGAGCAAAAUCCUUCUGAAGAUUAUUCAGAGCAGACUUCUCCGAACACCACUCCAAAGCUGCAAAGAUCCGACGUUUCUUCAGAACACCCUGCUUCAAAUAUUCCUUUUAGGCAACUUUCUUCAAAAACUCCUGAAAAUGAAAAACCCGCUUCACUAGAAGAACAAACUCCGGAUACUCUUCCAGAGAAACCAUCUCCAAAAACUCUUCCAAGAGAACAAUUUCCGAGAGUUCCUCCGAAAGAACCAGAUCCGAAAAUUCCUCAAGACGAAUCAAACGUCAACUCUCAUACGGAUGAACCGAUCCCCAUCUCUUCUCAGAAAGAACCCAUGCUCAAGACUGUUUCAGAGCACCCAAUUCCCAUUAUUCCUCAAGAAGAACCAACUCCCAAUCCUUCUCUCGAGCAAUCCACCCCAAACUUUUCUGAAGAACCUACUACCGACACUCCUACGGAGCCACCUACUCCAAACAUUCCGCCGCAAGAACCACCUCCUUGUGAUUGCGAUACACAUCUUCAAAAAACUCCUCCUGACUCUCUAAGACAAAACACAGUAAAAUUUUUACCCCAGGCACAAAAUGAUUACUUUGCUCAACCACCCUUUGCCUCCAACGCUCUUUUUUCAGAACAACAACAACUUUUCCCAAAAAAUUACAUCGAAUCAUCCCCUAUCCAAUAUCCCUUCGUAAAAAAUUUAUAUUCCAAUUAUCAAUCGGAUGUGUUACCCCUACAGUCAUCCAACACAUAUUUACCCGUUCAGAAUCCUUUACUGAACAUAAAGAGAAAAUUUUUUUCGCCGCUUAUAAGAAAUUCUCUUUAUUCGGUACGGGAUAAAUCCUUGUUAGACUCAACGAUAUUAGAAAAAAUGAACGAAUUGGAAAAAAUUCACGAAUAUCAGCAAAAAUUGAGGUUCGAUCCAGAAUUUUCCGAUAAUAAUAAUAAUAAUAAUAAUAAUAGAAAUCUCGCCUAUUUACGUUCUUAUCAACUUGAUAAGAUUAAUCAAGAUUUAUCGUAUAACGAAAUUUUAAAAAAUGCAGGAAAAUUUCUUUUGCCGACAGAAGAAAAUACACCGAUAAAAGAAGAUUAUAAACAUUCCUUCAAACCGAAAUAUGGAAGCACUAAAAAUUUUCCUUAUCUAUCAUUCAGAGAAAAAAAUUCAUUAAGGAUACCAUCAAAAUCGUUAAAACGUCGUCGUAGUCGUAGUAGUAGUAGUGGCCGUGAUUGUGAUGGUGGUGGUGAUUCAUCGUCGAAAAUAAAAAUUUACAUUGAUAUGAAAAGUCCAAACGAAUCGUCGAAAAAUGUUAGAAACGCCGAAGAAAAUCUACCACCCUCUUCAAAAAUGGAUAAACAAACAAUGAAUUCGACAAAAAUGUUAAAUACGGCUGGAGAAGUGGCUUCAGAUUUGGCUGGAAGGAUGACUAAUUUAUGGCAUUGCGUUUUGGGUUCUCAUCACAUACCGAACACGAGAGACGUUAAAUUUUUCCUUUACACGAGAAGAAACGUCAUACAACCGGAAUUAUUAAACAUCAAUUACAAUUUAAUAAAUAAAAAAUUAAAAGGAAAACGACAGCAUUUCGACAUCGAUUGUUACGACAUACCCCCCGAUCAAAUCGACGAUUUUCAAAGGAUAUCAGAUCGUAAUAGAAAAAUAAUUCGUUCGAAUUAUUUGAAUCUUCGAGCUCCCACGAAAAUAUUAAUACACGGUUACACGGGAUCGUAUAAAGACAGCCGUAUGGCUAAGAUAAAAGAUGCAUAUCUCGACACCGGAAGGUACAAUGUUAUACAGGUUGAUUGGGAAAUGUUAGCAGCACCACCCUACUACAUAAGAGUGACACAUCACUCCAAGUUUGUCGGUGAAACGAUCGCCCAAUUCUUAAACGGCCUUUAUUUGGUUGGAUUAAAUAUGUCGCUCGUUCAUUUAGUAGGAUUCAGUUUAGGUGCACAAGUUGCUGGUUUUACCGGUAAAAACGUCACAAUAGUACCGAUUUGUAGAAUUACAGGUUUGGAUCCGGCAUUGCCAUUGUUUUUACACACACACCCAUCGGGACAUUUAGAUAAAUUCGAUGCUAAAUUUGUUGACGUCAUACACACGUGUGGCGGAAUAUUGGCCAUGUUAGAUCCAUUAGGACAUGUUGAUUUUUAUCCGAACGGUGGUACUCGACAACCCGGUUGCGAUUUUUCAAAUUUGAAGUGUUCGCAUAGCAGAGCUCCUCAAUAUUUUGCAGAAUCGGUUAUAUCUAAAAAAAAAUUUACCGGUCAAUUAUGUCUCACGUAUGAAGAAUUCAUAUCCGGUGAUUGUGAUAAUUCAUCUCUUGUUUCCUACAUGGGAGAACCGUGUUCUAGAAAAAGCGUAUCCGGAAAGUACUAUCUCAUGACAAAAAGCAAAGAACCCUUUGUUCUUUAA